AUGGGCUCGAUUCAGCAGAGCGCCGCCGCCGCCGAUUCCACCAAGGCCCCCGCCCCGAUCAAUCCCGCCGCGACCGCUGCCGACCUCGGCGCCUACUUCCGCGUGAUGCGGCUCGGCGACGACGACGACGACUCCUCGCCGCUGGAGCAGCAGCCCAAGCCCCAGCCGCCGCAGGUGCCCCUGCCGACCACCAGGGCCGAAGUGCUCAUGCAACAGCUCCAGGCGGCGGGGCAUUACCGCCCCCAGCCGCAGAACUACUGCGUCGGCGAGAGCUCCACGGGCGCUGGGUACGUCCUGCCCUACGCCUCCUACGGCUCCGGCAGCUUCUACGCCUCGCACUUCGGCGCGCACAGCCCGCGCCUCAAUGCCGCCGCCGCGCACACCCCCCCGCCGGUGACGCCAAAGCUGGACGCCGGUGCCGGGCACUUCGUCCCCGCCGCCCCGUCCCACCCUUCGGUGGAGUCGCACUCGUCGUCGACGCUGAGCCCGAGCCCCAGCGCCAGCAACUAUCAGCUCAUGCCCAGCGCCCCUCAGCUCGGCGCCGCCUCCUUCCCAUGGGACGGCAACUCCAGCCUCAACCCGUACGCCUCCGCUUUCCAGAGCACGCUGAGCGCUUACCCGGCGGACUACCGGUCGUGGAUCCCCACGCCUGCUCGCCGCUACUACCACCCGACGCUGGAGCAGGUCCGCUUGCGCCUGCUCCGCCGCCCGAUGGAGCCCGACCUCCUGAUGUUCCCGGGGGCGGCGGGCCACGUGGCCAGCCUGCUCGUGGAGGGCGACGAGCAGGUGCGCCGGAGCGUGCUCGCCAGAGUCAGGUGCGACGUGGGCUGCGUCACGGGGAGCAAAGAGAGGCGCGACGUGCUCCUCGCGCUGGUGCGUGCCUGCGCGGGGCGGCCCGACGAGCUCCAGGAAAUCGUCCACGCGGUGUACAAUAGCAUUGGCUUUUUGAUGGGCGUCGAGAAGCACAAUCGCGGGCUGGCAGAUAUCGUGCAGGGGCUCGUCCAGGCCCUGGCGCCUUACCCCCAGAUGCUCGUGCAGUUCAUCUGCUGGCUCUUCCGUGAGCGCCUCAUGGAGCAGUACAAUGGCGUGAACCUGCUUCGGUCCUGCUUCACCACGAUGUCUUACGAGGAUAGCAAGAUUAUAAUCCAGUUCUCCACCGCCAUCAUCGACGAGCUGCUCUUCUCGUCGUUCGGGUCGAGAUGCCUGGCAGAAUGCUUGGAGCACGCGAGGAACGGGGAGCUCCGCGCUCUCGAGGAGAUCAUCCUGAGCCGCACCGUCGAGAUCGCCAUGGGCCAAUACAGCAACUACUUCUUGCAGUGCGCCAUCCAGUGCGGCAGCGAGCUCCUCCAGGUGGCCAUCACCGACCGAGUGGCGGCGGACGUGGUGACCGUGUCCUCGGACCGGUUCGGGAGCUACGUGGUUGAGGCCUGCUUCCUCCUCGCGCGCACGAAGGUGCCGCUGCAGCGCCUGCUCGCCGCGUUCCAGGGCCUGCGCGAGCGCGCGCUCGCCGAGCUGGUGCGGGGCAACUACUCCAACUACGUGGUCUCCAAGCUGCUCGACGCCGGCAAGAACCACUUCCCGCAGGAGGCGAGGGCGCUGGCGCGGCGGAUCGAGAGGCUCCCGGCGGCGGUCCAGCGCGAGAUGCACGCGCGCGCGGUGAUGACGGUCGUCAACAAGCUGACCCACAGGCACCUGCGCGGCCACGCCAUGCUGUACUAG